AUGGAGGAGGGAGGCCGGAGUCCCCCCGAGGAGGCCGGCGAGCCUCAGGAGUCCGGCGGCGACGCGGAGCCCGGCGGAGGGCGGCGAGCUCUCCUGCUGCCCCCCGGCGACCCCCCCCCCCCGGCCCCGCACCCUCACCCGCACCCUCACCGCAUCACCAACUUCUUCAUCGACAACAUCCUGCGGCCCGAGUUCGGCCGGAGGAAGGAGGCCGGCGGCCUCGGAGGAGAAACCCGGAGGCCCGGAGCGGAGAACCGCAGGAGCCCGGCAGCGGCGCCGGCCCCCGGAGCUCCUCUACCCGCCUCCGGGGGGGGUUCGCCGGGCCGAGGAGAAGGCGGUGGCCCCCCCGGGCUGGCCUUGCACGGAGCCUCCAAGAAAGGGGGAGACCCCGCGGCGCUGGAGGCUGCCCUGAAAGCUCGGGGGUUGAGCGGAGGAGACCUGUCGGUGAGCUCGGACUCGGAUAGCUCCCAGGCCAGCUCCAACGCCGGGAACCAGCCCAUGCUUUGGCCCGCUUGGGUUUACUGUACGCGGUACUCGGACCGGCCGUCUUCAGGUCCCCGGUCCCGCAAACCAAAGAAGAAAAACCCCAACAAGGAGGACAAGAGGCCGCGCACCGCCUUCACCGCCGAGCAGCUGCAGAGACUCAAGGCCGAGUUCCAGACCAACCGCUACCUGACCGAGCAGCGGCGGCAGAGCCUGGCCCAGGAGCUCGGCCUCAACGAGUCCCAGAUCAAAAUCUGGUUCCAGAACAAACGGGCCAAGAUCAAGAAGGCGACGGGCAGCAAAAACUCCCUGGCGGUGCACCUCAUGGCCCAGGGGCUCUACAACCACUCCACCACGGCGAAAGACGGCAAGUCGGACAGUGAAUAG